GUUCGUGAUUUGACUCGAUCUUGCCGGCUGCCGCUCCUGUUGUGUUUAGAAAUUUUACAAUUACAUUAAUUUCUUGUCAUUUCUACUUCUUUGCAACCCAAGACUUUUACAUUUGCGAAAAAUGAGUGAAGAAAUCGAGAGCAUGGAAGUGGACGCGCCGCCGUCUCGAAAGCAGCCGACUGCGUCGGAAACAAAGAAGGCUCAUCUCCCAUGGAUUGAAAAGUACCGUCCCAAAAAGUUUGAGGAAAUCGUCGGCAAUGAAGACACAAUCCAAAGGCUCAGCUACUUUGCUCAGACAGGCAACGUUCCCAACAUCAUCAUUGCCGGUCCACCAGGCGUAGGAAAGACGACUACAAUCUUGUGCCUGGCCCGCAUCCUCCUCGGGCCGGCAUUCAAGGACGCCGUGUUAGAGCUGAACGCCUCAAACGACCGAGGCAUCGACGUCGUCCGCAACCAAAUCAAAAUGUUUGCCCAGCAAAAGGUCACUCUUCCACCUGGCAGACACAAGAUCGUCAUUCUGGACGAGGCGGACAGCAUGACCGACGGCGCCCAGCAGGCUCUGAGACGCACCAUGGAAAUUUACUCUCACUCGACCAGGUUUGCCCUGGCCUGCAACAACAGCGAGAAAAUCAUUGAACCCAUCCAGUCUCGAUGCGCCAUGCUCCGCUACAGCCAACUUUCCGACGCCCAAAUCCUGGCCAAAAUCAUGGACGUCUGCGAAAAAGAAAAUGCCACCUACACCAAGGAGGGUUUGGAGGCCAUUGUCUUCACAGCGCAAGGGGACAUGCGGCAGGCCCUGAACAACCUGCAGUCGACCGUCAAUGGCUUCGGUCAUAUAGACGAAAAGAACGUCUUCAAAGUUUGUGAUGAGCCGCAUCCAAUUUUGGUCAAGGAGAUGCUGCAGAAUUGUGUCAAAGGAGACAUUGAUGCUGCUUACAAAAUUUUGGCGCAUUUGUGGAAGCUGGGCUAUGCUGCAGAGGACUUGAUCCAGAACAUAUUCAGGGUGUGCAAGAGCAUGGACACCAUGGGUGAAUUUCUCAUGCUGGAGUUUUUAAAGGAAAUUGGAUUAACCCACAUGAAAAUCAUUGAAGGCCUUGGUACUUUACUCCAGCUCUCUGCGCUUUUAGCCCGACUUUGUCAAAUUGGCGCAGAAAACGAAUCUUGAAUAAGAAGCCAUUCCAAAUAAUUAUAUUUUUUGAUAUGAAGUGUAAAUUAUUAAAUAUAAGUUCUACUAAAUAAUAAUAAA